AUGUUCCCCCAGAGAAGACAGGCUCCGCAGAAGGCUGGCCCCGCGGAUCUGAGGCUCGCGGCUGUACCCGGGGAUGCAGUUCAACAUUCUCUCCGCACUAUCCCUCGGAAGCCUGUUUCUCAGCGGUAUGAUCAUGUUCAUGCGGAUUUACCUCACGAGUCGAAGUUUGAAGCCCCGUCCUGGGUUUCACACGAUUUCGUGCCUCGAGCAAUGCCUAAAGCGCCGGCUCAGGCGCCAGAGUUACGAGAGAGGGGCAAGGAAGCUGGGCAGUUGAGGUCACUUUUUUCCAGCGUUUACAACCGUAACAAGAAGGGCAAGUCGAAGCUUGACAAGGCAUCGAUAUCUGCGCCAAUCAAUAUUUACGCCCCUCCUCGCGUAUCAAACUUUCGAGCUCCGACGGGCACUAUGCCGAGAAGACCGGGCCGGACAGAUGGAUUUACAUCCGUCCCUACCAGCAGUCGGGCGCAAGCAAACCCAGUGUCAGAAGCGAAACCUCUUCCACCAGUGCCCUCUGAGUGGAAAACCUCGAACCCAGUUCGCCUGUCGCCAGCUCCACGUGAGGAUGCUGAUAUGGAAGAUCAAGCCUAUGCUCGCUGGAGCAUAGGCAACUGGUCUCUGGUGGCAGACGACGGGGACCAAGAGCCUAGAGUUGCGGAUUGGUCUUCAGAUGAGGAGGGGGAGGAAGAGGAGUAUGUCGAUGACUUGGAUUCAGCGUGUGGCGAUGAUGAACUGCGCCGAGCUUCCACUGAAGUUGUAGUCGACGGCGAUGCAAUCGAGAAUUGGCAACUAUCCAGAGGCAAUGUUUACCUAUCCUUCCCUGAGCCUGGCUUUGAGGAAAAGGAGGAGGGUAACUCGACAAAGCAGCAGCGCCGGCGGGGAAUUAUCUUCUCAUCAAGUGAGACGGUUCAACUGCCUGACGAGGCUUAUGUUGAUGACGAGGUGAAGGAAGAAGAGGAUGACGACCUUGAGGGCCCUGCUUCCAGCGAAGAGCCCUCGGUCUUUGACGCUUCUUUCCAGUCGCCUGAGCAGGAGCACUCUGUUGAUAAUGAGGACUCUAGCUCGGCACCUCACCUGCAGCUUGUUGAGAUUAAAGUUACACCGCCGACACCUACUCGCGGACGGGCUGACAGCCUUGUACACAACGAAUACCUUACCCCGGCCGAUGCCUACAAGCGCAUUGCCGAGAAAUAUCGAAAAGAAGCCAAGCGCUCCCGGGAGGAGGCGGAUCUUGUGCUUUACCACUGUAAGCCUUUGAUGCAAGCCUUUGAGAUUAUCAAAAAUGACCCCGAGUUCUCCCACCUGGACAGUUGGGAAGGCGCAUUCGAGGUGUUGGAGAUGAUACUGCAAGAGCGCAAGUACAACAAAAUUGCUCGCGAGCAGGCUCGCAGCUCAGCGAUCUGGUUUCGCGAGUUGUACGAGAAGAUGUUGAGCGAGCAGGUUCGUCUCGUAUCCAUUUACGGAACAAGCGAAGAUUUCGUGUUCACGACUCUGUCAUCAAGCGCUUCAUCAGAAGGGCAUGCAGAGAGGAGUGUGGAGCGGGAGCAUACAAGGGGAGGUGAGUAUUGGCAUUUCGACUAA